GGGGGCGAAUGAUCAGAAAUAGUGGAAGAAAGGGAUAUGGGGAAUUGUGUGUUUCGAGGGGUUGGGGAAGUGGAAGAGAUGAUAAGAGUGGUGACUUCGAGCGGUGGGAUCAUGGAGCUCUAUGCACCCAUAACCGUAGAGUGUAUCACCAAUGAAUUCCCAGGGCACGGCAUAUUCCGAAGCAACGAUUUCUUCUCGCACCCACUACUCCACAGCGUAGAGCUGGUGCGGGGAGAACUCUACUACCUUCUUCCCCUCAACACCACCAGAAGCCACCGCAGGAGUGCGUCAUUCCCCAAUAUCACAUCCAACUGCGUGUCCUCCUCCUCCUCUUCCUCGUCCGUCGUCACGCCGUAUCGAAUGUCCUUUGACAGCCAAGGGAUCCUGAAGUGGUCUGAGAGGGAGGUUUUGCCUAGACAUAUACAACAACACAAUAUCAACAAAAACGGGACGGGAGUGUGGAAAGUAAAGCUGGUGAUUAGCCCGGAACAGCUGGCGGAGAUAUUGUCACAGGAGACACGCACGGAGGCGUUGAUAGAGAGUGUCCGGACGGUGGCCAAAUGCGGGAAUGGAGCUGUGGCAUCCGCUGCUAAUUCUGAUCAGUGGAGUAUUUCCAGCAGUUGGAUGGCUUCCUCCGACAGACAUGCUGGCCUCUUCGACUUCUAAACCCCAACCCCCCCUCUCCCCAAAAAAAAAAAAAAAAACCCAAACUAACUGUAGCA